GGGCGGCCCCGUGUGGCAGGAGAGCGAAACACGACACCCGACAGAAGAAGGGGGGGCUGAGAGAACACGAAGUGAAUGCAGUGGAAAAAGAAAAAGUCUGCCGGAGAAAGAGAGGGGCAGAGAAAGAACAGGGUUGGCGUUGCUUGUUUUUGUUCCGUUCAGAAGCGCCGCUGUUUUGACUGUCAGCGAAGAUGAUGAUGUGGAGGAGGAAUCGACCAUGCGACAUCGUUUCAACACACGGGAUGAACAUUUAGACUCGUCGCAUUCCGCUGCUCUAGUACGACCGACGGCAGCACGACUCCUCCAAACUUCGACCUGCGCCAUUCAGACCCGGGCAACUGGAACCCCCCCUCCCCUCAGAGGCUCGGGGCAACUUUUGGCAUCAGACGCUGCGUGAAAAUAUUCCGACACAAAACUUUUUCAUCAAACGCGGAUGUGUCGAGAUAAAACGCGGGCGCCUCGGUGAAGUUAGCCGCUUUCUCUUUCAACUCUAAAAUCGAGCGCACCGUCGGGGGCAGGUUCUCUCCUCACGAGCCACUUGUGAGAACAACACCGGAGGAAGGAGUGGGGUGUCACUGCUAACUCCGCUAGCUCACUCGGCUAAACGCGAGCUAACUAGAGUCUAAAGUUCCGAGUCGACGUGGAAAGUGACCGAAGCAGCGCGCCGAAGUCGCCCGCGGAGAUGAAGACCCCGGCGGACCCCGGGUUUGCCUUCCCGGAUUGGGCCUACAAGCCCGAGUCAAGCCCGGGCUCCAGACAGAUCCAGCUGUGGCACUUUAUCCUGGAGCUGCUGAGGAAAGAGGAGUACCAUGACGUCAUCGCCUGGCAGGGAGACUACGGAGAGUUUGUCAUCAAGGACCCAGACGAGGUGGCCCGUCUCUGGGGGGCCAGGAAGUGUAAACCACAGAUGAACUAUGACAAGCUCAGCCGAGCUCUCAGAUACUACUACAACAAGAGGAUCCUCCACAAGACCAAAGGGAAGAGGUUCACCUACAAGUUCAACUUCAACAAACUAGUGCUGGUCAACUACCCCUUCAUCGACAUGGGCUCCGGUCGUGUCCCUCAGAGUGCCCCCCCGGUGCCGACCGGCGGCAGCCACUUCCGCUUCCCCCCCUCCACGCCGUCAGAUGUCCUCUCCUCCAGCGAGGAGCUGCGCAGCCCGGGCAUGUUCAGCAGCGUGGCCCGCCGCAUGGCCCGCGGCUCUGUGAGCGACUGCAGCGAUGGCACCUCCACUAACUCGGAGCUGGAAGAGGCCGUGGGGGCUGACGAGCGGGGUGUGGGGCCCGACCGGGCCUACAGGGGCCUGCUCCCUCCGCGUCUGCCGCACGAGUCUCUCUUCAGGAUCUACCCGAACCCAGGGCUGUCCAGACAUGGCCCCAGGGUCCACCCGGACUCUCUGUCUCCAUUCCCAGUCUCCCCGCUGCCCGGCCCUGGGGGUCUUCUGGCCCCAACUCUGUCCCCGGCCCUGUCCAUGACACCCACCCCACAUCUGCCCUACACCCCCUCUCCCUCCCUCUCCUCCCCCAUGUUGGGUUCCCACUUCUCCUUCAACCCGGAGGACAUGAAGCACUACCUGCAGGCCCACACCCAGUCCGUCUACAACUACCACCUCAGCCCCCGGGCCUUCCUCCACUACCCCAACAUUAUCAUCCCUCAGCCCCACCGCCCCACCCUCGAGAAGCCGGCCGCCCAUCACCUCCACGGCCCGCCCCUGCCACUCUCUCAUUCGCUCGGCCACCAGCCAGGAGGCGGGGAGGAUGGGCUGCAUCAUCCCUCACCGUUCAAGUUCAAGCUGCAGCCACCGCCACUCGGGCGCAAGCAGAGGGAAUCCGGGAGCUUAUCGGCCUCUGCUUCCUCCUCUUGCUCCUCCUCCAGCCAGUUCUCAUCAUUCACAGGGUCUAGUCAGGCUGCAGGGCCUCCUAAGAUUAAGGUGGAGCCCAUAUCCGACAUUGAGUCAGAGGAAGAGGUGGAGGUGACUGACAUCAGUGAAGAAGAUGACCUCAAUCAGAACGACCGGGAUGACGAAAGCAACAUCUUCACGCCGACAGCUCGGCACCAUCACCAUCAGCUCAACAACCAUCACCGAGCCAACGGGACCGGGAGCAGCUUCUCCGCCCCACCACACCCUGACGAUGACGGCGAUGACGAUGAGGUCUUCAAGACUCCCGCCACCCCUACCAUCAGCGGUGGAAUUGGCGGCGGCCUAGCAGGCGGCCUAGCAGUCCUUCCCCCGGUCCUCCUGAAGAGCGAGCCGGGUCAGGCGGCUCCCAUCAGCCCCGGGGGCACGCUCUGCAUCCCGCUCAAACUGCGCUUCAAGCGCCGCUGGAACGAGGACCAGAAGAUGGAGGCGGGCGGCGAGCGAGACGAGGCAGAGGACAAGAAAGUGAGGGCCGAGGAGGAGGAGCGGGAGGGGAGGAGAGAGGGGACAGGGGAGGUGGCGAAUGGGGGAGGAGGAGCGGGAGGAGUCAUUUUGGGCUUGAUGCUGCCGCCACCUCCCACCCAGCGCAGAGCGAGCUCUGAGCUGCAGAGGGCCACAGCACAGCUGUCUCUGGAAAACACUGGCUGCUGAGCAUCAUGUGCGCACACACGCAGACACACACACACACACACACAUUCUACUUGGAUAGAAAACACAGCUGAGUCUGAGUCUACAAACGUAAUAGUUUUAGACCAUAAUGCCUUGUGGCACAGGUUCCCGUGUGCUAUAGCUGCAAAGUGGAGACAAUAACUUAAAGGUGAUUAUGUGAACACACUUUAAUGUCUGACCACGUAUCAUAUGUAGGAAAACAAUGUUUUUUGUGCAACAAUUAAAGGAGCCUGGCACUUUUCACUGACCUCACAGCCCCCAAGCUCCUUGAAUUGCUCCACGCAAAACCAAAUAUUUCCCUUCACGUGUUACAAGUGCACAAUGUAGUGAAGAACGAGAGGGCACCAUCGCCACCUCUCAGGUUGUGUCAACGCUUUCUUUUCUUUUUUUCCUCCCACUCCUCAGUCAGUUCUGUCAGCACGCGUAGAACCCAUGCGUAGAACCCAUGAGAACAUCGAUGUGCGGCCUCUGAAGUGCUGCAAGGCGAGACCCUUUUAUGCCCCUUCAAACACCAACACAGCAGUAUUUUUCUUGUGACAACAUUAAGAGAUGACCAAACUCCCCGUCUUUCGACAUUAGAACGCCUCAGAGUGCCAGUUGAAUCCGCCAUCACACCAUCAAAAUAACAACAAGAUUCUCCUCCUCUUCACAUCCUCACCGCUCUCCACACAUUUGUGCUCCCCAAUAACAGACAUACAGAUCCUAAUGUUACAAAAAAAACUUAACAGCCCUGAUACAGAAGUGCCUCUCGGUCCACGUCCAUCACCAAGCGGGUGCUUACAAGAUGGAGGGCAGUGAGGGGGAGAAAAACAAAGAACUCUGACCUCGCUCCGAUGGAUCUCUCAGACUGAUUAGAAAGGGUGAUUAGAAAGAGCUCUCCAAUCACCGCCUUCUCUCCAGGAAACAACUCGGACACUAAGAGGCCUCAUCAUCCUCUUCAUCCUCAGCUCGUUCACUACACUGUACAAAGACAUGAUACAGGGGUCCACCCUUGAGGACAGUCAUACUGAGCCCGGAGGGAGAUUGCGACGAACCGGCUGUGACCUCUCGGCCUCACAUGUGUGAGCCAGCAGAUGGACGUGGCUCCCCACUGUUCAGGGGGAAACCGCCCAGGUCCUGGUGUAAACAGAGAUGGGUCUUGCUUCCUCUUCGCUUGUGAUUACAGACACACUUGAUUCUGUAUGUGUGCGCUUGGUGAACCCAACGGUGGUGUACAAAAAAACCAGAACAGGAAUACAGAGGAUGUCUCAGCCUUCAGCUGGUCCUCUCACUCUUUGAGGGGUUUUGAGGUAUUUUUAUUUGACUCCCUCUAACUGACGGAUCAACAGCGCUCUUCUGCAUUCCCCUUGUUUGUUGUUUUUUUAAGACUGUAUUAUUUCUGUCAAAAUAGGUGCGUGCCCCUCACCGACACGGGACAGUAUUUUAGGGCAUUCGCAGAUCGACGGAUAAGCAACGUCUGGAGCAAACUGAUUUGUGUAUAUGUGGGUGUGGAGGGGGGGGGAAUGGUCAAGUUUAAACUCAGACAAAUGUUCACUGAGAUGUAAAAAAAAAAAAAAACUAUUUUCAUGCUGUUUUAC